ACUCAAAAAAGAACUUGAAGCUUCAAGACAAGAAACUAAUUCCAGUGAAAAGGGUGAAACUCGUGAAAUUAAUUCAAAUGAAAAGAGUGAAUCCCGUGAAGUUCGUGACAUCCGUGAAAUUACUGCUAAACUUGCAAAUACAAGACGUGUUUCGUUCUUGAGUUUCUUUGGUACUGAUUCAAGUUCUAGACAUAAUUCAAAGAGAAGGAACACUGAUCCAUUUGCAGAUUUACAAAUUUCAGAAUGUAUUGGUGAUUGUGCCUCGAAAAAACGUGCAGAUAGCGCGGAACAAAUGUUAAGUCAUGUUAAAACAUUACUUGAACAAAGUGAAACGGCUAGGGAAGCUAUGAGCGUACAAUUAGAAGAAUUAAAUAAUUUGAUAAAUGGUUUCAGUGAUAUUUCAGAUCUUGUACCUUUUGAACCUGAGGAAAUAGAUUCCAAACCAAACCGUGCAAAACGAUUUUCGACAUUAUCACUAGCAUCUUUUUUUGGUAACGCAUCAUAA